AUAAGAAAGUGGUCUCCAACCAACACCAACCCCUCUCUCUCUCUUCCUCUAUCUCAUCUUUAUAUUAAUCUUUCCACACUCUUCACAAAUUCAGGGCUCAUUCGCAGUUCAAGCUCUGAGUCCCUUUGUUUUGUAUCUGUCUGCUCUCUCAAACGCAAGAAGCACUUGUGUUUUUAUAACACAGAAAAUUGGUAUAUUUGGUAUAUAAUUUUGAUUUGAUAUAUUGGAAUAUUUGCGGCAAUGGCGUCUCCUCCAGAUACAAGCAAGACCAUAAAGCUGGAGCGCUACAACAGCUACCUCCGCAGAGUCAACAGCACCAAGCUCCUCAACGCCUCCUCCAAGCUCCUCUUCCGAGCCACCCUCCUCGUCGCCCUCGUCCUCAUCUUUUUCUUCACCAUCAAUUACCCUCCGCUCUCCGACCAUAUGGGCGGCGGGGCACACCACGUCCACACCACCCACAAUUUCCUCUCCUCUGCUUUUUACGGCGGAGGAGUGGGCGGGACCGCCUGGGAGAAGCAGGUGCGUCAUUCGUCCACUCCCAAGCGGCCCAACGGUAUGUCUAUUCUGGUAACAGGUGCUGCCGGGUUUGUCGGGACCCACUGCUCCCUCGCCCUGAAGAAGCGGGGAGACGGAGUUCUGGGCCUCGACAACUUCAACUCCUACUACGACCCGUCGUUGAAGCGGGCCCGUCAGGCCCUGCUGAAGAGGCACGAGGUUUUCGUCGUGGAGGGCGACCUAAACGACGAGCCGCUGCUGACGAAGCUCUUCGAUGUCGUUCCUUUCACUCACUCGAUUGACUGGGCGUCGUCCAGCUCGGUUUACGGGCUCAACACAGAAAACCCAUUUUCGGAGCUCCACAGAACAGACCAACCGGCCAGCCUGUACGCCGCGACCAAAAAAGCCGGUGAGGAAAUUGCCCACACUUACAACCAUAUUUACGGCCUCGCCCUAACCGGGUUGCGGUUCUUCACCGUAUACGGGCCAUGGGGCCGACCCGACAUGGCCUACUUCUUUUUCACCAAGGACAUACUGCAAGGCAAGCCAAUCGACGUGUACAAAACAGUAGACGACAAGGAAGUGGCACGUGACUUCACUUACAUAGACGACGUCGUAAAGGGGUGCCUAGGGGCACUGGACACAGCGGAGAAAAGCACGGGCAGUGGGGGCAAAAAGAAAGGGCCUGCCCAGCUGAGAAUUUACAAUUUGGGCAACACGUCCCCAGUGCCCGUGGGGAAAUUGGUUUCGAUUUUGGAGGGCCUUUUGGGUACAAAAGCUAAGAAGCACGUGAUCAAGAUGCCUAGAAAUGGGGACGUGCCCUACACUCACGCCAAUGUGAGCCUGGCGUACAAGGACUUCGGGUACAAGCCCACCACGGAUUUGUCCUCCGGGUUGAGAAAGUUCGUCAAGUGGUACGUGAGUUAUUACGGGAUUGAGACGAGGGUAAAAAGGGAAAUGGAUAUUAACAAGAAGGGCAGUCAGCAAACCGAAGAAUCCGGUUGAUUAAAUCAUCACCGUCAAUCAUCAUCAUCACUGAUCACAUGGGCUUUCUUUCUCUCUUCCUCUUCUUAAAUUUUUUGUUGAAUUAAAUUCUGUUUUGUUUUUGUAAGUUAUUGUGGUGUGGUCCUUGAUGUACUGGAUCCAAGCUGUUCUUGAUGUAUCAUAUAGAUAUAUAAAAAGAAAUGUCAUAUAGAAGAAGAAGAUAAAUGUUAGGAAAGAGAAACAGAGGGAAAUGGGGAAGCAGAGAGAAGGUGGUGUAGAUCUGGAAAACAUGGGGGGAGGGAGGAAGGGGAAGUUGUAAUAAUUUAUGGUGGGGUCUACUAGAAAGGAUGUAGAUCUCAGCCAUUGGAUUGGUAUAAAGAAAUUUGUGAUUGUAACAACAAAACAAUGACAUCAAGAAUCUUCUUUGCC